AUGUUCGGCAUCGGCUGCUGUAGCAACACGGAGUUCAAAGCCCUGAUUCUCGAGUACAUGCCAACUGGGAGCCUGGAGAACUGGUUGCGCGCAGAUGAUCGUUACUUGAGUUUGAUGCAAAGGCUGCAGAUAGCAAUAGAAGUGGCUUUGGCCUUGGAGUAUCUUCAUCAUGGCUACACAUUUCCCAUAGUUCACUGUGAUGUGAAGCCGAGCAAUGUGUUGCUUGGGGAAGAUAUGGUUGCUCGUUCGGAUGAUUUUGGUAUAGCGAAGCUACUUGAUGAUGGGGAAACUAUGGUUCAGACCAAGACCAUGGCCACCAUUGGUUAUGCAGCACCAGAGAAAGUGUCGACGAGCGGAGAUGUAUACAGCUUCGGCAUACUUUUGCUCGAAACUCUCACUGGCAAGAAGCCGACAGACGACAUGUUUGAUGAAGAAACAAGCUUAAAGGAAGAGGAGUUGGACGAGAUCGGAAAGAAGCUGAAAACGGAGAUCGAUGGUUGUAAAAACACGGUAAGUAACAUGGGAAAAAGACGACACGUGCUGGGCCCGCCCCACGGGAGUCUUAACACGGUCACGCCGUGCGCCGCUUGUAAGCUGUUGAGGCGAAGAUGUGCCGAGGAAUGCCCUUUCUCUCCUUAUUUCUCCCCACACGAACCCCACAAAUUCGCUGCCGUUCACAAAGUAUUCGGCGCAAGCAAUGUCUCUAAGAUGCUCAUGGAGGUGCCCGAGUUCCAACGAGCCGACGCAGCCAAUAGCUUGGUUUACGAAGCCAACGUGAGGCUUAGGGACCCCGUUUACGGUUGCAUGGGCGCAAUCUCCGCUUUGCAGCAGCAGGUACAAGCCUUACAAGCCGAGGUCAACGCGGUCAAAGCCGAGAUCCUAAGGUACAAGUACCGCGAAGCUGCCAACACCAUCAUUGCCUCGACUCACGCCGCGCUGGCUGUCUCCGUGGCUGAGCUGCCGCAGGCUCCGCCUACCCCGACACCCUCUCCACCAGCUCCGGUGGGUAUCUCAGCCACUCAGCCGCCGGCCAGCGCGGCUAGCUACGGCGGUGUCUCCAAUACACAUAUGCCUUAUAUACUUUGA